CUUAUAGCGGGGCAUGCGCAGCGGUGGCGGGGACGGACGCAGACAGCGGGGCUGGGGCACGCGGGCUCCCUCCGCGGACGCACCGACUCGGGUACCGCCGGCGCGGCGGCUCGCGCGAGGGCCUGGCUUGUGAGGUUGCGCGGAGCACAGGUGGCGUCCUCCCGGGCUUCAGGCUUGUUUGUCACCAUGAAGCUGCUCCACCCAGCCUCCCUCAGCUGCUUCCUGCUGACCUGGGUCAGCUUAUGGAGUUCUGUUCCUAAAGCUCACGCUGUGUCCACGGGAACGCCAGGCAUCAGUGCGGCCUUCUUCCUGCAAGACCUCCUGCAUCGCUACGGAGAGGGUGACACCCUCACCCUGCAGCAGCUCAAGGCCCUGCUCAACCACCUGGAUGUGGGUGUGGGCCGGGACAAUGUCACCCAGCCGGUGCAUGGACAGAGGAACCUCUCGACGUGCUUUAGUUCCGGAGACCUUUUUACUGCCCACAACUUGAACAACCAGUCCCGGAUUGGAAGGAUUGAGUUCCAGGAGUUCUGCCCUACCAUCCUCCAGCAGCUGGAUUCCCGGGCCUGUGCCUCUGAGAACCAGGAGAACGAGGAGGAUGAGCAGACGGAAGAGGGGAAGCCAAGCUCCAUUGAAGUGUGGGGAUAUGGUCUCCUCUGUGUGACCGUCAUCUCCCUCUGCUCCCUCAUGGGGGCCAGCGUGGUGCCCUUCAUGAAGAAGACUUUUUACAAGAGGCUGCUGCUCUACUUCAUAGCUCUGGCGAUUGGAACCCUCUACUCCAACGCCCUCUUCCAGCUCAUCCCCGAGGCAUUUGGCUUCAACCCUCUGGAAGAUUAUUAUGUCUCCAAGUCUGCAGUGGUGUUUGGGGGCUUUUAUCUUUUCUUUUUCACAGAGAAGAUCUUGAAGAUGCUUCUUAAGCAGAAAAAUGAGCAUCAUCACGGACAUAGCCAUUAUGCCUCGGAGACGCUUCCUUCCAAGAAGGACCAGGAGGAGGGGGUGACUGAGAAGCUGCAGAAUGGGGAUCUGGACCACAUGAUUCCUCAGCACUGCAGCAGUGAGCUGGAUGGGAAGGCCCCCGGGAUGGAUGAGAAGGUCAUCGUGGGCUCACUCUCCGUCCAGGACCUGCAGGCUUCCCAGAGUGCCUGUUACUGGCUGAAAGGCGUCCGCUACUCUGAUAUUGGCACUCUGGCCUGGAUGAUCACCCUGAGCGACGGCCUCCACAAUUUCAUUGAUGGCCUGGCUAUUGGCGCCUCCUUCACCGUGUCUGUUUUCCAAGGCAUCAGUACCUCCGUGGCCAUCCUCUGUGAGGAGUUCCCACAUGAGCUAGGAGACUUUGUCAUCCUGCUCAACGCCGGGAUGAGUAUCCAGCAGGCUCUCUUCUUCAACUUCCUUUCUGCCUGCUGCUGUUAUGUGGGUCUGGCCUUUGGCAUCCUGGCUGGCAGCCACUUCUCUGCCAACUGGAUCUUUGCACUGGCUGGAGGGAUGUUCUUGUAUAUUGCUCUGGCUGAUAUGUUCCCUGAGAUGAACGAGGUGUGCCAGGAGGAUGAAAGGAAUGGCAGCGUCUUGGUCCCCUUUGUCAUCCAGAACCUGGGCCUCUUGACUGGCUUCACCAUCAUGCUGCUCCUCACUAUGUAUUCAGGGCAGAUCCAGAUCGGGUAGAGCCCCGCCAGGAGCCAUCGGGAUUGGAAGUUGGCCCUCGGCCGCCCGGUCCCUGGCCCGAGGACUCGGCACCCACGACGCACCUCCGAAGAGGCAGUUGUAUU